GCGGUGUGGACGUGACCCGGAAGUAACAACAACACAGACGCAGAAGAAGUAAACGCGGACAAAAGCUAACCGGAAGUGGACUCCUGCAGAAGGAAACGUCUCUAAACGGUCUGAAUCAGGCUGAAAUCUUCACUCAGGCCGCUCGGUUAAAAAGAUAAACAAUGGUGAAGAUCUUUGUGGGCAACCUGCCCCGAGAGGCAGACCAGGAUGAAAUCAAGGCGCUCUUCACUCAGUACGGCACGGUCACAGAGUGUGCCAUCAUCAAGAACUACGCCUUCGUCCACAUGGAUGACCGCAAAGCUGCCACCAAAGCCAUUAAGAACCUGCACCUCUACAAGCUGCACGGCACACCGAUCAACGUGGAGGCCAGCCACGGGAAGAACCAGGGCUCCGUCAAACUGCAUGUAGCCAACGUAGAAAAGGGAGCCGAUGACGAGCUGCGUGCUCUGUUCGAGGAGUACGGCUCGGUCACAGAGUGUGCUGUUGUGAAGAAUUUUGCUUUUGUUCACAUGUCCAACUCGGACGAGGCCAUGGAUGCCAUUAAGGGACUGGACAAUACUGAAUUUCAAGGCAAACGCAUCCAUGUCCAGAUUUCAAAGAGCCGUCCCAGACAUGACGAACGGGAUGACUACCCUCCUCCUCCUCCAGACAGGGGUGGCUAUUGGCCCCCUCGCUACCCAGGAGAGAGGCAUGAGCCUCCCCCACCCGGCUACAUGAGAGGCCGCCUCAGUCAUAUUCCCCCAGGUUACCCCGCCCCCCCUCUGCCACCCCCUCCCCCUAGACGAGCCGUUUAUCCUGAACGUCCUUAUGAGGGCGAAAGGGAGAGAUACGGCGUGGUAGAUUACUAUGAGAAGUACAGAGCCCGUCCGUACGGCAUCGCCGCCUACGAGGACCAGCGUGGUGGCGCCCCACCUCCUCCCCCUCCCCCCUCAGCCGUUGUCCGAGACCGCCUUAUGCCCUCGUCGCUUGACCCAUAUGAGCGUCGUCCCCUCCCACCUCCUCCGUCCUCGUACUACGCCCGAGAUCGCAGUCCCCUGAGGAGGGCGCCUAGCGCGCCAAUGCCCCCCGCCAGUAACGGCUACUCCUACGAGCGCUCCCGACUCUCUCCGGUUUCCCGGGUCCCGGCAUACGGAGUUCCACGUGCCAGGGACCCCUACGCAGAACGUCUGCCUCCGCCACCGCCUGCACGCUACGCUUAUUAAGCGAGGCCCGGGCAUGUGAAGGAUCGUCGUCAACUGCGUCGCCCGCUCGCCGCCUCCUGAUGCACGUGACACUAUCCUCUUCCUGUCUGUGGCUGAGCGCGUUGCGUUCCCCUGCGACGCUUAGAGGAGGAACCGAAUUGCCGACGUCCACGUCUGUUUUGGUUUUUAUUAUUUUGGGACAGUUUUUACUCGUUUUUUUCCCCCCCUCUGACUGUUUUAGUUUGUCAUUGUGCUGUAGUAUUUUUUUAUGCUUGACGUCUGAACUAGGCGCUUUUUUUAUUUUGUACUUUUUACGUUUGAAAAAUUAGUGUUCUGAUGUUGUUUGUGACCUUAGAAAGCUGAAUAACUUCAGCAGCAGUCUAGGCGAUACUUGUGACUGUAGAUUUAAAUGAUCUGACUCAUGUUUGGUAUUAAAUCUAAUCUGCACGUUGGUUCCAUUAUGUCACGCUUUCCCAUCGAAAACCAAACCGCCAUGUGGCGUUGCUGUGAAAAUCUAAACUGCUAAGACGUAGCAUUUUGACAAAUGUAGAAAGUAACCGUUAAUAGGACGGUUACCGUAAAACGUUCACAUGUACUUUUCCAUUGUCGAAGUUGUUUUUAAUAAACCGAUUUGUGCAGUAAUGUUCAGAGAUGUGCUCUAAAACAUCAGUGUAAGCGCUUGAAUUGAUUCGAAUACACUGCUGGGAUCUCUCGAAAAAAAUAAUCAACUCUUAUAUUUAAUGAUUAUCCGUUUAUUAAUGAUGAAAUCACGCAUAACAAACUUGUUAAAAUCGUCACGCUGAUUAAAGACUCCUGGUCUUCUCUGGAAUGCUCCAGCUUAAUCAUUCAUCAGCGUACCUUUUAGCUUUGUCCCCUUUAGUGCCCAAGUUGAAACUUGUUCACAUUAGCGCUAAAGUGAAGAAGUGCGUAACACACUCCAGCUGUACUCUACCAGGUGAGAUUUCAUAGGUGAGACUAGUUUACCUGUGGGAGAUGGCAUCAGAGGCUGCUGGAGACCUUCAGAGUCGACAGGUAAGUUCGAGGGCUUUAAGGACCACAGACAGCACAUGUUCACAUUUAACUUUCCUAGGUAAAUAAACAGUUGACUAACAGUGAAAAUUAACUUUUAUCAUGUACUAGUGUUGCUAGUUAAGUGUUUUUCACUCAUUGCCUGUACACAUAACUCCACUCAGCUGUGAAUCUGCUCUUUAUCGCCAGUGUUUGCUGGGAAAUAACUAUAUAGUUGAUCAUUUUUUUAGGCACUGCCAGCAAGUUGACUACAGUCUUGGUCUGAAGACCAUGGCAGCUUUUCAAAUAGGAAAUUAAGCAGGCCAGGAUUGCUUGGAUUGGUUAAGAAAGCAUACGUAAAUCCAGCACUUGGUCUUGCAGACACAUUUUUUUAAACCCUUGUAAAACAUGAAGUAAAUUAACAAAACAGUGGAAUUGAAUUAACUGAUUUUACACAUUGAUUUUGAUUGAGAAAUUUCCAGUACUUUGCAUUGUAUUGCUGUUUUUGAGAGAUGACCUGCAUGAAUAAAUUAUUUCAAACUGUAA